UUGCCCUGUUAAAGCUGUUUGUAUACUAUUCGAUAUUAUUCCAUGUUUUACAGAAAGAAUUAGAAAUAAGGGCAAAUCAACAAUAAGGUAACAACGUUCGUUUUGUUAAUUUUUGUGUGAGCUCGAAUUUGGUUUAACUUAAAAUGGAUCGAGAGCUUGUCGAAAAAUUUAUGGAAAUAACUGGAAAAAGCGAAGCUACAGCAUGCCAAUAUUUAUCACUAGCAGAUGGAAAUGUAGAAAUGGCUGUUACUUUAAUGUUUGAAGAAGGACAGGUGCCUCAAGUUCAAGCAGUAGAUUCUGAGCCAGAAGUACGACCACCUAUAUUACCUACUCAAGAAAUACUGGUUGAUUCUGAACCAAUGUUUUCACUUCCAAGGUUGCCCAAUGCUUUUGAUAGAUUUAGAGAUUUCGCUCUUGAAACUCAACGGCAAGAAGAGGAAAUGACUUUAAGAGUUGCCGGUGUAAAAGAGAGCUCUCAACCUAAAUCAAAGCGUUUGGAAGAUUUAUUUAGACCUCCGAGUAAUAUUUUAUUCCUUGGUACAUUUGUGGAUGCAAGAGAACACGCAAAGUCUUUAAAUCGUUGGUUACUCGUUAAUGUUCAAGAUUCUCAAGAGUUUGUUUGUCAAGUACUUAACAGAGAUGUUUGGUCCAACGAGCAAAUUCAAGAAAUUGUGAAGGAUCAUUUUGUUUUGUGGCAGGUAUUAUCAAAUACCAAAGAUGGAAAGAAUUACAUAGAUUUUUAUAAAGUAAUAAAUUAUCCGUACCUAGCAGUAAUAGAUCCUAGAACAGGGGAAUGUAUAAGAAAAUAUAAUCACAUUACUAUAGACAGCUUGAUAUCCGAUUUAAAUGACAUAUUAAGUAUUCAUGCAUCGCCAGAAGGUGCUUCUAAUGACAUAAUCAAUCAUAAAUCUGAUAAUGUUACUUCGUUACUUGUGAAAGAGAGUCAAUUAUCAGAAACAUCAAAAAAUGAUUACGCAUCGUGUAGUAAAAGUACAAGAAAUGUAGCAUCCGAUAGAGAUUACGCAGACAGUACGUCUAAACAGCUGGAUAGUCAGAAUAAUAGCAAUUCAAAUAUUUCAAGCAAUAGUCCAUGUAUUUUGAAAAAAAGGAGACGACUCGACAAUACAAAUCAGAAGGUUGCAUCUCCUGAAAGGAAGGAAGAAAUGGUAGACAAAAUGCAAGACGGUAAAACCGAUAUAGAUACAGAUAAUGACAAGCCGCUCUUACGAUUAUGUUUACGAUUACCCACUGGUGACAAGGAAACAAUAUCCAUGUGUGCUAAUAAUACUAUUGAAGAUUUUUUGAAAAGAAUGAAAGACAUGGGUUAUCCGUUAGCCGAUUAUACGUACUUAGUCCCAUUUCCAAAAACAAAUAUUGGUAUACUCGCAGUAAAUAUUCGAUUAAUAGACACGAUUUUAUUUCCGUCAAAUACAGUGUUCAUAACAAAAACGUGAAUAUGUGUGUGCAUAGUACUUUUAUCUUUAAAUAAGUUAUUUAGUUAUAAAGGAUUAAUUAUACCUAAGAUAUAAGUUAUCCAGAUAUCUAGCACCGUGAAAGAUAUUCGGUAUAUGAUAUUUUUGUUGAGUACCUUAUCUUAUAUAUUUAAAAAAUUACCAUGUGUCCAUGUUUAUAUUCUACUUGUUGCUCAAAUAUAUUAAUAUCUUCUUUUUAUAUUACCUAUGAAGUUUGAAUACAAGCACAAUAAUUAUAACAGUAAAUUGUAGUUUUUACAAUACUUGUAUACAGCACUUUUCUAUGCUUUUUAUAGGAAUAUUAAGUGAAACAAAAAAAGAUUUUAAAUGAAUAUGUGUAUAAUAUCUUAAUUUUUACUUAAACAAUGAUAUAAUGAUAGAAUAAAAUAAUAAAAAAUAAAUUGAAAAAUUUUGAUUUAUUACAAAACAGCUUAUUAAGCAUAAAACAAUCACAUAUCCCAGUACGUUAAACAUUAUAUAUAAUUCUAUGUUGAAUGAAAUCUUUAACGUAUACCACGACAAGUUAAAUGUUGAUAUAAGAAAAGAAAUCUUUUCCUAAUGGGUAACAUAAAUGCAAAAGAAGCUAAUAAAUUGGAAAAAGUAAAAAUAGAAAUAUGAUUAAAAUUUAAAAAAGCGAAGACAGAAAGAAAAAACGCAACAAGUGAAACAUAGAAAUAUUACAAGUUCUUUAUCGCUUUUAUCUUGCACAAAAUAUUUACUUUAUUCAAUGAAUAUUUCUAUCUUACACCGAUAAAUAUUGAAAUUCAAUGCAUACAUACAUAUAUGUAUAUGUAUGUAUAUAUAAUUAUAUUUAAUAUUUUGUCUUUGGCUUUAGAAAAGCAUACACACACACACAAAUAAGGAGAAAAUAAGAGAAAGAGAAGAAAAGAGACGAGACGUGCAUGCACGUGAAAAUGAUGAAACUUGGAACAUGAGGUUCACAUAUUGAAAAUCGCUCCAUGAUCCCUUCAUGAUCCGUUCAUGAUCCCUUCAUGAUCCCUUCAUGAUCCCUCGAUGAUCCUUAUGAUCAUGCGAUGAUCUUAGAAAAAGAAAAGCAAAGAGAGGCGGAAUAAGAAAAGAAAAGGGACGCAUUUCUACAAGAUGCUGAGACAACAGCCCGCACACGAACCCACACCAACGGGCCCCUCCCAUGGGUACCACACGAGACUUAUAAAUAAUAAUAAAUACGAGAAAAUGAGAAUAAAUGAGAUAGAUUGAGAACAUAAGUGCGAUAGAAAAGCUUUCUGCGCGUUUCUCUAAAUACUUA